AUGGUAAGUGAAUCGCCCAGCAGCAUGUGCCUGCGUAGACCGCAUUGAGUUCACUGACACCACAAUUCUUGUUCAGAACGUUGCAUUUACUCGUGCGCAAAAGUCACUCUUCAUCGUUGGCAAUUCGGAAUCACUGCUUGGCAAUCCAACAUGGAAAGCCCUCGUGGUGGAUGCAGAGCGCCGCAAAGUGUCGUUCAAGGUCAGCCGCAGCAGCUUCCCGCUGAGCGGACCCAUGUCGACCAAUUUGGUUGAUGCUUCUGCAGCAUCUGCGCCGAGGGCCAGCACUUCAAACAAACCUCGCAACCAGGGCCACCGAGACGACAGCCGCCAGAAGGCGCCCCCGAAGGUUGUGAAGGCAAGCACGGCUGGCCAAGGCAGCAAAGAUGGCGCAGGAUCACGACCAAGUCAUCGUGGCGACAGCUCGGUCUCGGGCGAAAGGUCAACCCCCGCAGCGCCGCCGCAAAGUGCCGACCGGCUCGAGGAGCGAAAGAAGCGUGCGCCCAAAGCAGAAGACCAAGGAGCACCGAGCCGCAAGGGCCAGCCCAGCAGCGAUCAGCCGGAGAGCCGGGGAUCGAGCAGGCCAAGAGAGCGAGGACUCAACGAAGGCAAGCAGGCGGAGCGCGAGAAAGCGCCGUCCAGGGAAAGCGACUCAACCAAGGAACGCAGCCGUUUGGGCGAUCGUCCUCGAGAAACAGGCGGCGGGCCCUCUGGAAAUCGCUCUGACAGCCACGCAAGGCGCCCGGAUGACGCUCGGAGCCAUACCACCGACCGCUCUCGGGAGCCGAGCCGCAACAGCGAUCGCGACAGAAGCAAAUUCGGGGACCGAGAUUCAUCCCAUCGGCCCAGCAGCGAUCCAGCCCGAGCCCAUACGAGCCCGUCAGAAGGAUCCGCGGCCCGGCCUGCAAACGACAAGAGAAAGAUAUCCGACCGGCUUGGUGAACCAGUGCCGCCCAAGGAGUGGCACAAGAAGCCGAAGCACAGGUGAUUUCGGGGCUGUGGCGGGUGUCCCCAAGGAG